AGACAGACAGACAGCAGACCGGCUGUCCCAAGCUGCUGCGCUGAUCCUUCACUCUCCGGCAACAAGCUGGAGUCCGCCUGCCGCCUCCCCUUUAUCACUGGCCACCUGCCUCUCCGAGAAUAACACACCAAAAAAGCUCAGUGCGAGCACAACCACAGCAAGGAGGCGAGACAAGAUCCUUGACCGGUUCCUCAGUGCCACCUUUUCGGCUUCCAAACACACAACCUCCUCUCCCCUACCUACCCCUGUCCUGCGGGAGGACAGGCUGCGCACAGGAGCGCACUUGGCGACCCGGGUUUGUUGUCGUUACUAGGAGAGGAGCGCACAGUGAGCCGAGCCAUAGCUGGUACAGCUCUCAUUGAACCGGGCUGUCCCCUCGGCGGAGACACUUGCAUGGAUGCACCAUGGCCACGUUUGUCUGCAGGGUUCAGUUUUUAGAUGACACCGAUCCGUUCAACAGCACGAAUUUCCCAGAACCGACGAGACCACCGCUGUAUACCUUCAGGGAGGAUAUCCCACUCAUCAACCAGUUAGCAGGCAUCCACCGGCUCCUCAAAGCUCCGCACAAGCUUGACGACUGCACGCUGCAGCUCUCCCACAAUGGCACCUAUCUGGAUCUGGAGUCCUCUCUGGCCGAGCAAAAGGACGAACUGGAGGGCUUCCAGCAGGAUGACACAGGGUCCAGAGGGAAGAAGCACAGUGUUAUUCUUCGGACCCAGCUGACCGUCCGUGUACACGCCUGCAUCGAAAGACUGUAUAACUCCAACGGACGUGACUUGAGAAGGGCUCUGUUCUCUCUAAAGCAAAUUUUUCAGGAUGACAAAGAUCUGGUCCAUGAGUUUGUGAUGGCUGAAGGUCUGACGUGUCUCAUCAAGGUGGGAGCAGAGGCUGACCAGAACUACCAGAAUUACAUAUUAAGAGCUCUGGGGCAGAUCAUGCUGUACGUAGAUGGGAUGAACGGUGUCAUCGGGCAUGCUGAGACGAUCCAGUGGCUGUACACUCUUGUUGGUUCAAAGUUCCGACUGGUGGUGAAAACAACUCUGAAGCUGUUGUUGGUGUUUGUGGAGUACUCCGAGUCCAACGCCCCGCUGCUGAUAGAUGCCAUCACCUCCGUGGACUCCAAGAGAGGAUGCAAGCCGUGGUCCAAUACGAUGGAGAUCUUGCAUGAGAAGGAUGGAGUGGACACGGAGCUGUUGGUCUACGCCAUGACACUCAUCAAUAAGACACUUGCAGCGCUGCCUGAUCAGGACUCGUUUUACGAUAUGGUGGAUGGUCUGGAGGAACAGGGCAUGGAGACAGUGUCCCAAAGACAUCUGGGCCGGAAAGGCACCGAUCUGGACUUGGUCGAGCAGCUCAACAUCUAUGAGAUGACCCUACGGCAUGAAGACGGCGACGAUGACAGCCAGCCUCCACCAACGGGACGCCGGGACCGCCGACGAGUCAGCCUAGGAGGUGGGGACAAAAAGCGUGGCCUGGAGAGAAGGCGGAGCCGCAGGGCCUCUCUUGGGCGAUCCGGUCACGCCUCUCCCUGCAGCCCUGCCUCCCCACAGAGAGCCGGCUUCCAGCCUUUCAAUGGGCAGAGAGCUGAGGACAUGAGCGAGAGGAAUGGAGGUCUCAGUUCCUACUCGUCUCUCAGCAGCCCGAGUACGCCCACCAGCUCCAGGCCUGCUUUGGGAGGUCUUCUGUCGUCCUCGUACCGACAACAUCAGGAAUCUCUGGCGGCUGAGCGAGAGCGCCGCCGCGUGGAGAGAGAGGAGAGACUGCAGAGGAUAGAGAGAGAGGAGAGGAACAAGCACAGCCGCGACUAUGUGGAUAAAAUGGAAGAGGCCAGGCUCGCACGGGAGGAGAGGUAUAAGAACGUGGAGCGUCUGGCGGCGGAGGAGUUUGAAAGGGAGCACGUCCGCGUGUCAAGGACUCGCCCCGACCUCAACCUGACCUUUGAGCCUUCGGAGGCCUGGCCCUCGUCAUCUCGCAGCAGCACCCCAUCCUCCUUCGCCUCCCAGGAGGACGCAGAGGCUGACCUUGAAGCCCAGACCUCCGCCACCCCUUACACACCCUCUGAGACUGGAGAGGCAGAUGACUCCAGUGCCAGUGUAGAAACAGAGGAAAAAGAGGCCACUGGUGAAGAGGAGGAAGAACAGAAAGAGGAGGAAGCGCCGGAGGAAGUACAGGAGGAAGUAGGGGAGGAAGCAGCAGCAGAAAAGGAGGAAGAAGGAGAAGAGUGUGAGCAGGAACCAGAGAAGGAGAAAGAGGAGGCGGAGGCGGAGGAGGACAGCGGCAUCCUGAGCGACAAAGAGCGACAGAAUGAGGAAGUGAAUGAGAAGGACAACUGCUCGGCCUCCAGCAUCUCCUCUGCCAGCAGCACUCUGGAGAGAGAGGAGAGGGGGAGCAGUGAGAAUGGCCUUAAGGAGGCAGAGGUGAACGAGCAGUGCAGCAAACUCCUCAACAGCAAACUCUUCAUGCUGGACAUGCUGUACUCCCAGAACAAGAAGCCCAGUGAUGAGGAGGAAGAGGAGGAGGAUGUGGAGAAGGAGAAGGAAAAAGGAGAGGGGGAGGACAAAGAGGCGCUGGAGGAUGCUGACGUGCAACCGGACGACAACCAGGAGAGCGACCGCAAGGCUGACAGGACAGAGCACCAUGGGACCAUCCGACCGUUCGCCGAGCGGUUCGGAGACUUGAUCAAGGACCUCGGUUCGCCCCACCCUCACCCAGAUGUCCCAGCCAACGAGCCCCCUCCUCCACCACCCAAAAAGGAAUCAGAUACAAUCUGGGACCAGCUCCUGGCCAGCCCUCGUGAGCUGCGCAUUGGGGACAUUAACUUCACCGACCUGACGGAGGAAGAUGACAAGGACAUUCUGGAUGCUGUUUUGAUGGGAGGAUGCGGUGACCUCCCGCCCCCACCACCUCCUCCACCCUGUAUACCCCGCUUCCCACCACCUCCACCCAUGCUAGGCAGCUGCCCCCCACCCCCUCCACUGAUUGGAAUUAUGAGGCCUCCUCCUCCCCCUUCCUUCAGUGCCCCAGUUCCAGUGCCUCCUCCCCCGGAGCCUCCACUCUUCAACAAGAAGAAGAAGACAAUACGGCUCUUCUGGAGUGAGGUGCGUCCGACAGACUCUCAGUACAGGGACUACAAACGGAGCGGAGACUCGCUCUGGUCCAAACUGGAUCCAGUGAAAAUUGACACAGCCAAACUGGAACACCUGUUUGAGUCGAAAUCAAAGGAAAUGCCAGUUACAAAGAAAACAGCAGCAGAUGGCAAGCGUCAGGAGAUCAUCGUUUUGGAUUCAAAGAGGAGUAACGCCAUCAACAUCGGUCUGACGGUGCUGCCUCCUCCUCGCACUAUCAAGACGGCCAUCCUUAACUUUGACGAGUACGCACUCAACAAGGAGGGCAUAGAGAAAAUCCUGACGAUGAUCCCCACAGAGGAGGAGAAGCAGAAGAUCCAGGAGGCACAGCUGGCCAACCCUGAUGUCCCACUGGGCUCAGCAGAGCAGUUCCUCCUCACUCUGUCCUCCAUCAGCGAGCUCUCUGCCCGACUCCAACUAUGGGCCUUCAAGUUGGACUACGAGGCAACCCAGAAGGAAGUCGCAGAGCCUCUGCAGGAUCUGAAGGAGGGUAUGGAACAGCUGGAGAAGAACAAAACUCUCCGCUACAUCCUCUCCACACUGCUCUCUAUGGGAAACUUUCUCAAUGGCACCAAUGCGAAAGGCUUUGAGCUGACAUAUUUGGAGAAGGUUCCAGAGGUAAAGGACACGGUUCAUAAGCAGUCGCUGCUGCAUCACGCCUGCUCUGUGGUGGUGGAGAACUUCCCUCAGAGCACCGACCUCUACUCCGAGAUUGGAGCCAUCACGCGAUCUGCAAAGGUGGAUUUCGACCAGCUGCAGGAGAACCUGUGUCAGAUGGAGCGGCGCUGCAAAGCAUCAUGGGACCACCUGAAGGUGAUCGCCAAGCAUGAGAUGAAGCCCCAGCUGAAGCAGAAGAUGUCUGACUUUCUCAAAGACUGCGCCGAGAGGAUUAUCAUCCUCAAGAUUGUUCACCGCAGGAUCAUCAACAGGUUCCACUCAUUCCUGUUGUUCCUCGGUCAUCCGGCUUACAGUGUGAGAGAGAUCAGUGUCCACAGGUUCAGUAAAAUCAUGAGUGAGUUUGCGCUGGAGUACCGAACCACCCGAGACCGCGUGCUGCAACAGAAACAGAAACGAGCAGACCACCGUGAACGCAACAAGACCCGAGGAAAGAUGAUUAUGGACGUCAACGCGCCUUCUGAUGAUGAAGAGGAGAGUGAGGUAUCAACAAGUUGUGCUCGGCAUGGCUCUGGCAGCAGCAGCAGCGCCCCUAGUGGCAGCCAGGAGGUGGAGCAGCCUCAGGGUUUGGGCCAUGCUGAGGAUGCUGCAGAGCACGAGCACAUGAAAGCCGUGCUGAGAACCAGCCUCAGUGGUGGUGACAAGGAGGUCAGUGCAGUCCCGGGGCUUCGGACAAGGACAAGAUCCCGGCCUGGAAGGGGAGGUCGCACUGUGCAGGCAUGGACUCCACCCGUGGAGGACGCUUCGAUCUGUGGAGAUGACGCUGCAGACGAGAUCAUGGAGCGUAUAGUGAGGUCCGCCACUCAGGGCCCAGGAACCAGAGCCCAGCCCAGAGAGAGGAGGAGGUCCAGGGCCAACCGCAAGUCAUUGAGGCGGACUCUGAAGAACGGUCUGACUCCAGAGGAAGCUCUAGCUUUAGGACUAACCGAUUCUCCAGAUGCACAAAUGUGAUCAUCACCGUGGAAACACAACUACAAUCAUCAAAGCGACAUCUCCGUCAGCCAUCUGCCUUCGCCACACUUUUCAGAGUUGUAUCCAGUCACAAACCCCUUUAGGUUUUUGCCAGCUGCUAAUUUUGCCUGAUGUGUCUGAGUGAUGAAGCUGCAGCCAUGAUAGUGUUUAUUGUUAAUGCCGCACAAAGAAAAUUGGAAGUGAAGAAAGAGAAUGCGUCAAAUGAGGACUGAUGUAUUCAACAAGAAAAAGAAAAUUUAAAUUCAGUGAACUGCCUCUACACUAAAGUGAUACUUUUUUUAUCUAACCAUGCAUUUGAAAUGUGGCAUCAGUCCAAAGGGAUGAUUUUUGCUUGAGUUUUUGCAGCUGUGACUUCACCAUUUUUCAUUUAUUUAAGCUGUGAAUUUAAGUCGUAAAAGUUGAUUUGUUCUCUUAUCCAGUUUUAAAUAAUCGAGAUCACCACAAACAAAGAGGCUCACUAAGAACGAUCCUUUGUGAGAAGGCAAAUGUUUGCUUCUGCAGCUGCCCGUUUGACAAGUGACGAGUGUAGCUGUGCUUCGUAGGAACGUGAAAGGUUUUCAAUCUGACGUGUGCCUUUCAUUUAAAAGGGACAGUAUUGUACCUUUUCGCCAUCUCUCCAUCUUGUUUCAGUCACCGCCUACUUCUCAGAUAACUCACAAAUGUCACGUUCACAGGUGCAGUUAUGUCGAGUGUGACUGUUGAUGAGAAUUAACUUUUUUUAUUUUGGCAAAAUAUUUAUUUGCAAAGCUCGGACAUGUUGCACCUUACUCAACAUUGAUAGUUUCUAAUGAUGAAAUGAACGACUGAUUCAAAGUACAGACAAAAGGAAGUAUUUAUCUCAGAGGAACUGUUUGUAAAGUGUAAAAAGACAAAAAGAUAAAGACAUUUUUUAAAUUUUAAUAAUCUAUUUUGAAGGACAUGCAGAUAAUUCUGCAUAAAAUGUGUAAAUGCCCUUGUCAGCUGCCAGGUACAAAGUACUCUCGUACUACAGUGUGCAUGUUUAGUGCGGUUCAUGUGAUGUAUUAUUUUUGUAAUUUCUGUAGAAACUUGUAUUAUAGUCUGAGAGAAAAGGGUAAAAAGAGGCUAUUCUGUGAAUUGUAAUAAAAGAUAAAAAGAAAUGA